AUGGGUUCCAUUCAUACUUUAGACAGUGGACCACUACCCACUGAUGAACUCGCAGGGAAUUCCGGUGAGCGUCUAAAUACUGAAGCCUUGGAUUCUCUUGAGACAUUUGCGCAGCGACGCGUGUUGGACACUGUCUCCCAGCUUCGGAAAUGCGGGCUGGACAGCGUCUUAUCCUUACCGCAAUUAGUUGUUUGCGGUGAUCAGUCGGCAGGUAAAAGUUCGGUACUGGAGGCAUUGACUGAAAUUCCCUUUCCGCGCAAAGACAAUCUGUGUACAAGGUAUCCAACUGAGAUAAUAUUACGGCACGGAAAAUCUGAUUCACUCCAGAUCAGAGUGAUACCCGACUCUGAACGCUCCGCUGAAGAGCAGAAGUCAAUAAAAGCCUUUAGGGAGACCAUAACAAGCUUCGACGACUUACCUGAAGUUAUGAAAAAAGCAACGGUGCUGAUGGGAAUUGAUAAAGUGCACGAUCAUGAGGGCGGCAAUGACAAUCACCGGCGAGCAUUUGCACGUGAUGUGCUCAGUGUUGUAAUAGAAGGGGCCAAGGGCCUAAUCGGCCGCAGCUCACGGUUGUCGAUUUACCUGGGAUAG